GCUUGUGCUGAACAGAGCAGCUUCAAGGCUGGCUUUUCUCCGCUGCUCCUUAGCACCUCUCUGGGGUGGAGGAAUUGCUCGGUGUUGCUGGCAGAGGACCAGGGUCGGGUGCAAUGCUGUUACCCCCAGAAUGCUUCACAUCAUCAAGGCUACACCAUUGCAGGUUGAGCUGGCAGAGCUCACAGUGCUGGGCUUUUGUCCUGGCUCCUGUUUGUUGGGGCAGUGACUUUCCUGAGGAUGCUUCAUCCAGCCCAUCUUGUACCCUGUGCUCUGGGACAAACUGAUGGCCCUUUGCUGUUCCUUCUAUCUUUCCACCAGCUGCAGAGAGGCCUCAGAUACUUAGUUUUACAAACUAAGGGAAAUGCAGAUUUCUCCAAUGGAAAUCUUCACAGUCUAGCUGUGACUUAGACUUUGAUGUGACAAAUUGAUAAUGGGCCUGUUAAUCAGAUUGAUGCAAAUGCAGGUGUUUGUUCUUGGCCAACAUGGAGAGGUUAAAAUCUGGGUUUUUUUUAGCAGAGGUUUGGUGCAGAGGGAGGAGAGGAGGAUAUCCCUGGGAGCCAGCGUUCAUGCAAGGACUGUAUAACUCAGGGACGAUCUGGACAGAUGCCCUAUGCCCAGUGAAGACCUAGGGCUCCUGCCUUCCUUGGCAGUGCAAACUCACCCUGAUUCCUAUUUGCAGGAGCUGGGGUGACUCCCAGAGGGAUGGUAUUGGGAAGGGCAGGCAUGAGAGAAAGUCACAGGGUUUCCUGGUGAAUCCUGCCCCAUCUCCCUCUCAACACCCAAGAGCAGAGUCCCACAGCCCAGGCUGCACUGGGGUCCAUGUGGGAAGGAGAGGAGGAGGAGUGGGGUGCUGUGGGUGUUUCUUCCUUCCAGUACAGGGGUGCCUCGUUGGAUACACGUGUGACAUGCUGCAGUCUGCUCACAGCAGAUCCGGACUAGCAGUGCUCCAAAGAUUGCCAACAGGAGCAGCAGCUUUUCUCAGGAAGGUAAAGUUCUGCACAUCUGGCUGAUAGCAGCUGGAAGUGACCAUUGAGGCAACAGUCUUUACAGGAUGAAGAGGCGCAAGUGUCCCUGCAAAUGUCCCUCACGAAGGAAGAUCCUGAUCCUGUGUGUAACGGGGUGGCUGAUAGCACUGCUGAAGCUCCUCCAUGUUGAAAGACACUUUUUUCCCUCUAAGGGCAUUUAUUUGGUUGAGCCUUUCUUGAGCACUUCUUCUUAUGUUAGAAACAGGUAUUCCUACCUUAGAAAUGAGUUCCAGUAUGAAAUUAAUUGCUCAUCUAUAUAUGAACAAGAUCCCCAUGAAAUUGGCAAGAGUUUAGAGAUAAGAAGAAAAGAGAUAAUCGAUUUAACUGAUGAAGAUGUUGUCGCAAUGACAAGUGCUUGCCAUGUGUAUCGUUCGCUUAGGAAAUACCACCUAAAACCUGUUUCUCCACAGGAGGAGAGUUUUCCAAUCGCCUACUCUUUGGUUGUUCACAAAGAUGCAGUAAUGGUAGAAAGACUCAUACAUUCACUGUACAGUCAUCAAAAUAUUUACUGCAUCCAUUAUGACCAAAAAGCAGCAAAAAGUUUCAAAUCUGCUGUGAACAAUCUAGCUAAAUGUUUCCCCAAUAUUUUCAUUGCAUCGAAAUUGGAGACAGUGGACUAUGCACAUAUUUCACGGCUGCAAGCUGAUUUCAAUUGUUUGUCUGAUUUGAUGGAGUCUCCAGUUCCCUGGAAGUAUGUUAUUAAUUUGUGUGGCCAAGAUUUCCCUUUGAGGUCAAAUUUUGAGUUGGUGGUUGAACUGAAGAAACUCGGUGGAGGAAACAUGCUGGAAACUGUAAAGCCGAGCAGUAGCAAAAGAGAACGAUUUACUUAUCACUAUGAACUUAUGAAAGUGCCUUAUGAAUAUGUGCAGAUGCCUGUAAAAACCAACAUUUCCAAGGAUCCACCACCUCAUAAUAUUGAGGUAUUUGUAGGCAGUGCCUAUUUUGUUUUAAGCCGAGAAUUUAUUCAAUAUACCCUUGCAAGCUCUCUUGCAAAAGAUUUUUUUGAGUGGUCAAGAGAUACAUACUCUCCAGAUGAGCAUUUCUGGGCCACUCUUGUACGUGUUCCUGGGGCCCCUGGGGAAGUUCCAAGGUCAGCCCAGGACGUAACAGACCUACAAAGCAAAACUCGUCUGGUGAAAUGGAGCUAUCUCGAAGAACAUUUGUAUCCACCCUGCACUGGUACCCACCUUCGCAGUGUCUGCAUCUAUGGGGCUGCAGAAUUAAGAUGGCUUCUGAAUUACGGACACUGGUUUGCCAACAAGUUUGACUCCAAAGUGGACCCUGUCCUGGUAAAAUGCUUGGCAGAAAAACUGGCAGAACAACAGAAGGAAUGGGUAUAUUUGUCCUCUGAUAAAUACUUUCUGCACAUAAAUUCUAUGAAUGCCUCACUUUAAGCAGCACUGUCUUCCCUGCUGUCAGUACUGUGUACUGUUAUGGCACAGCACCUGAAGUUCCUCUGCCUUGACCUCCUGCAGGAUGUUAGCAAGCAAAACGUCCGUUCUGUGUGAAGUUCACGGCCCUGUCGAGCCAGGCACCUGGCCAUUUAUUUAGGAAAAGUCAUGCCUGUCUGAUUAACUGUGCUGUAACUUGCCACAGUAAUUCUGUAAUUGUUCUUCAGGGUGAUUCUGAGAGGGUGAGGUUUGCUUUUGGAGGCUCUGAUGCUGUCUGUCCCAGUGGAAUAUUUCAGAAAUGUGUUUUGCAUCAAGUGUGUUCAUGUCUUUCCUAAGAAACUCCAGCACAUCUGUCUGUCUGUUUCCUUUUUCUUUACUUUUGUUUUUCUUAAAGGUAUGAAACAAAGACCUCUCUAUCUGCUACCUCAGGAAAACUGGAAGUGCCCAUCUCAUGGACAAAACCAAGAGGUCAGCAUGACACCAAAUGAGCCAUGUGGCCUCAUCUGAAGUCCCAAACUUCCCGUGUGUGGGAGCUAACAAAGAUCUUUGCAAUGUGAAUAUGACCGGAUGAUAUAAGGGAAAGAUCCUUAAAUACGACAUUGUCCAUAGCAUUGUUCUCCCAGUGCAUCUGUGCAUUGCUUUUCCUUCUGUGAAGCACACGCUCGGGUGCCAUGCCUUUCCUAUGAAACUGGUGGUGGUUGAAGCAGAAUUAUAUGCUGUUAUUCUUCAAAGGCUAUUACAAGCGUGCCCUAAGGGCAGAAGGGCAGUCACUGCAGCCCUUUAGAGUAGAUAACCAUGCCCAGAGGAGGUCAAUCUUCAUUUCUAUCUCUGCAUGUAGAAACAUCCCCCUGUGAAAUACCAGUCGUCUUGAGACAAUAUGUCUACACACAGGGGAUAACAAAUGAUAUUUCUAAUUAGUGACAUGGUGCUGCAUUGAAAUGCAAAACAUGCAAAGUUGAACAGUAAGCAUAAGAAUAGCCUUAUUGCAGAAAUCUAGCAGUGCCUUGCUGUGCAAGUCUUGUGGCCACCACCACAAUCCCAGGCUGACAGGUUCCUGAGCAAGACUUGGUUCACCCAUUCUCCAACAGCCUCUGCUUCUCAUGGCUCUGCCAGGCCUCCCGGUAAUGGAGCAGCCCAGAAGACUCCUUACAGCAGGGCUCCCCGUGCUGCAGCAUGAGAGAAAUGUUUGUUAGUGCAGGGGUCUCUGUAGAAACUCUUGCUGCUUCAGAAAUGCCCCUUGGCAUUUUGGAAGUUUCUUUGGGAUGUUGCUCUGCCACAUAUUUGGUUUCAGUGUUUCCAGUGGUCCCUGGGCUACAGCUUGCUCCGUGCCACUGUCCACUUUCUAUCCAUCUGGGUUUUAUUAAGGGGCCUCUUCCCAUUAAUAACUCUGGGAUAUCUCAUUGAUCCAUAAAUUGCUGCAGUAACGACCAUUUCUCAUACCCAUGAGAAAUCUUUGUUUCUUGUUGGAGUUGGAAGAACGAAGUAAUUUUUUUAUCUCAGUCUCAGUUUUCGUUCAUAAAUUUAGUCAUGGUCAAGUUAUCUGUGGCUAAAGAUUGGGUUUGAGAGUCAGGAGUUAUGGACAUUUUUCCUCAUUGAUAACGCUGAUUUCCUAUGAGACCUCAGACAAGUCAUCCAAGUUUCCUGUUUCAGCUCUUCCGGCUGUAAAAUAGGAACAACAAUGUUCUAUUACCUUGCUAAGCACUUCUAAACCUAUGGGUGGUGUGGGUUGAUUGCACUGUGUUAAUUGCUUAUCAGACUAUUUAUGGAGUCUGUGGAAACACAGGUCAAGUAUUUCUUUGGUGUAUUGUUUCUGGAAUAAAUGGGGAUUAUUUUUAAAGUA